AUGUGUGAACGGCUAAGAUACAACAACAAAGUGACAAACUGUCUAACAGGAGAUAGGAUCAUCAUUUGUGAAGGACCACUAACAGAGCACAUCCCAAGAUCCAUUUUCAUUGGCAAAUAUAGAGCCACCAUCAUUUAUCGCGAUCAGCCUAAAAACAACCCUCAAAAUAUGAAAUGCUCAAAAUGUUUGCAGGAAGGUCAUCAUACAAGAGACUGUACAAAUGAUUGGGUGUGUAGGUCAUGCGGAGAAGAAGGACACAAACAAAAUGCAUGUACCAAAGAUGCUUAUUCAGACGCACAAGAUCAAUCAGAUAAAGAAAACACAAAAGAAAGCCAUGAAACAAGUGAUACAGAUGACGAGACUUCUGAAUCUGAAUCUGGGACUGACGCAAAACAAAUUUCAGUCAAAACCAACAAUGAUGAAGUAUGUGCAAGUACAACGGCUACCGGACGGGAAGGUGCAUCAGCUGCAGAUUGUAAAGGUGUAUCAACUACUGGAUAUGAAGAUGACAAUGGACAGUCGCAAUCUAUUAUCAAUCCAGUAGCUGAUCCACAAAAACGGAAGAAAAAAAAAAAGAAAAAAAAAGAGCAGUAA